UACAUACACACACAGAAUCAUAGAUUAGAGCGCAAAUACAGACAUAUGCUCACUCUGAGCACUUUGGAAAUCACCUCAAGAAAAUUUAAAAUAAAUUGUGAAAGAGCACCGCAAUUGACACAGAAACCUGGGGGCCUGAAGUGAGGAAGCAGCUUGGUCGGCUGGUUUGUUGGACUCAGAUCUGGAAGGUGUACAACGCUCCAGUGAUCGUCAUCAGGUGGGGCAGUACUGACAGCAUCAACCAAACAACAUGGACCAGGAGGAUGACAAAAACUCUGUGGAUAUCCAUGACAACCCUCCAGCUCCUGACAACUUUGUGAGAGAGGAGGGAGACACUGUCUAUUUCAUAUAUGAGGAGGAGGUGGAGGUGGAGGAGAAGGAACCCGAACCUCCACCGCCUAUUGUCCGGAUCAACGACAAACCGCACAAGUUCAAGGACCACUACUGCAAGAAACCCAAGUUCUGUGACGUCUGUGCUCGCAUGAUAGUCUUGAACAACAAGUUUGCUCUAAGAUGCAAAAACUGCAAGACCAACAUCCACCACUCAUGUCAGUCCUACGUCGAGUUCCAAAAAUGUUUUGGAAAAAUUCCACCUGGCUUCAGAAGGGCCUACAGCUCCCCCUUAUACAGCAGUGACCAACCAGAUCAAAACAACCCAAACAGGAACGACCCCGUCUUUGACACCCUGCGUGUCGGCGUCAUCAUGGCAAAUAAGGAGCGUAAAAAGAAUGAAAAUGACAAGAAAAAUAUGAUGAUGAUGAUGGAGGAAGAAGAAGAGGAAAGCCAACAGCCAAAAGAGAGCGAAGAGGGAGGAGAAGGGAAGCCUGAUGAUAAAAAGGAGAAAGGAGGAGACAAAGCAGACGACAAGAGUAAGGGAACAUUCGCCCAUUCCCACUUUUUCCUGGCCCUCUAUCGCUUCAAGGCCAUCGAGAAAGACGACCUCGACUUCCAUCCUGGUGAUCGGAUCACUGUACUGGAUGACUCCAAUGAAGAGUGGUGGAGGGGAAAGAUGGGGGAGAAGACAGGCUACUUCCCGACCAAUUACCUCAUAAAGGUGCGCGCAUCCGAAAGAGUUUUUAAGGUGACACGCUCGUUUGUCGGGAACAGAGAAAUGGGACAAAUCACACUGAAGAAAGACCAGAUUGUGGUGAAAAAAGGAGAUGAGAAAGGUGGCUACUUGAAGGUCAGCACUGGACGCAAGCUGGGCUACUUCCCUGCUGAUCUGCUGGAGGAGAUCACUGUGACGUAAAAAAAAA